AUGGCAGCUGCACCACCGAACGGUGCGGCAGGUGCUGCCGUGGACAAUGGCGGUGAGGCCGUCUUGACGCGAAUCCACGAAGCCCUCAAGGUCGUCCAUAGCCCAUACUCGUCCAACCAGACCCGACAGGAGGCCCAAGCAGUCCUCGAAAAUGUCAAGACGCUCCCCGAAGCACCCUCCCACGGCUUCGACUUGGCCUUCAACCGACCCCAAGAGGCUAUCGUCCGCCACUACGGUCUGUCGCUUCUCGAACACGCUGUCAAGCACAAGUGGGAGGAAUACAGCGAUGAUCACCGGGAGUACCUGCGCAGCUGGGUGCUGCAGCUAGCCGAGACCGUUUCCGCCGACGACCCACCGUAUUUGAGGAACAAGAUCGCUCAGCUAUGGGUCGAGACAGCCAAGCGCUGUUGGGUCGCAAGCUGGAUGGACAUGGACUACCUGCUCGUCCGCCUGUGGCAGAUACCGGAUUCGCCCGUUCACAAGCAGUUCGUUCUCCAGAUCCUCGAAACUCUCUCCGAGGAGAUCUUCAACGGAGAUGACGUUGUGGUCGUACACCGCGAAGGAGCCCUGAGCAAGGCAUGUGUGGAGAUCUUUACCCCGGCGGCUGUCCUCACCCAGGCCUUCCCCAAUCGCCAGGUUGGGCCCGAGGUACGGUUCGAGCGCGACGGAUGGCUCAGUAGAAUAACGACAUUCAUCGGCGACUGUCUUGCCAGCGGCUUGGAGCAUAAUGAGACCGUCAGGACGUGUGCCGUCAAGGCCCUCAACGUCCUCAACUCGGUCGUUCCAUGGGCAAUUCCCAAAGCGUUAGCUGCUGUCGAUUGCCGAACCGUCAUGUGCAGGUGUCUCGCGGUCCCUAGUGCCCCCAUCCAAAAGGCUGCUCUGGAAGCGUUACAUUCCCUCUACAGCCGUUCCAGCUUUACCGACGACGAGUUCGUCGACCUAGUGGUGCCAAUGUACAGUGAUGCCAUGGUCGACCUGUUCAAGCGACUCUUUGAAUGGUCGGUUGUGGAUGCUCAAGAUAUCGACGAGGACAAGUACCAGUUUGCGAAGAAAUUCUCAGAGAUGCUAUGCUGCUUGGGCAACUACCUGGACAGGAAGUUUGCGGCCAUCCCGCGCCAGACCAACAUUCAGGGGUUCUUGGGCCUGCUGAUGCUGGUGGUGCAGAGCCAGAGCCUAGUUGUGUCCAUUCCAAUAAUGUUGACCUGGACCCGACUUUUGGGCCACCGGGCGCUUGGUCCGGCGGCUGCCGAGAUGCCCUUUAUCGUUGAUCUCUUGGAGCUGUGCUGCGCCCGCUUGGUCCGCUACGAGAGUUUCCCAGAAGACUCAGAAGACCCCGUGUAUGUUCUACUUAUCGAGGACACAGACACGAUUCCUGAGCGGCACGCCUUUCUCGGUAACUACAGGCGCUAUAGCUGCUCGAUUAUUGAGAGUAUCGUUUACCUCAAACUAUCUGAAGCGUUCUCCCACAUCUUACGCCGUGCUGAGCAUGCCCUACAAACCCUCUACGACGCCCAGCCACCUCUUAAUCCCGAAAACUACGCGAGGAAUUCUGUGCCUGUGUUGACGGUCGAUGCCCAUGCGACGGUCAUUGAAACGGCUCUCAAAGGCUAUGACAAGUGGAGGAUGUCACGAGAGCUGACUCCAGAGGAGAAACAGACCGCCGCAUCUAUUGAGGAAUAUUUUGAGAAGUGGUGCGGCCAGCUUUUGGGUAUGAAGUUUGAGGAUCCUCUCAUCAGCAAGCGCAUCCUUCAAUUGCUUGUAACCUUCUCCACUCGCGCUCUCGAUUCGAACCCGGCCUUCAUGCUCAAGGUGCUCGAGCACAUCCUGAUGACCUGGCCCGCUCUUCAUCCUGAGCAUAGGCUCUAUAAUGAUGCAAUCAGGGAUCUGCAGACCGAGAGCAUGGUCGAGCUGCAACGGCUCGCUUCCAAGAUGCCCGAUCCACUCCUCGACGUGUAUGACCAGCUAGAGGCAAAGGUGAACGAGAUGAUCGCCUCCGGGACUCUCGAUGAAAAACGUGUGAUUGCGUACCAGAGCUUUCUGUUUAUCAUAAUUCAUCGGGCUACACGCAUCGACCAGACAACACGCCUCUCUAGGCUCAACACAUUCAUCGAUCCCGUAAAGAAUCAGUGGAAGGACGACACAUUAAAGCAGGCAUUAACCUCUUAUGACGGCUUCUGCCAGCUUCUGGCUCUUGACAAAGUCCAGAAAUACUUGGUCGACCGCCGUAUCCAUGAGGUCUCUGACUGGGGCGAGGCGGAUCUUGACGCAGAAGGACUCGCUUUGCAGGCCGAAUUGGAGCAGAGACAACUGAUGCUUCCGCUGCGUGUGACCAAGUCAUUUCUGACGUACUCCGUGGAAAAAAUCGACAGAGACUCGCCUCCAUACCAGGCCUCCUGUACCCUCUGGCAGGACGGCUUCCCGCUCAUCCUUCCUGAACUACUCAAAUUCCUCAGCUAUGCACACGCGUCUCAUAACCCUAAUAACUGGAGCUUGCUGCCGACGGAAAUGCAGUCGAUAGUGGGCCGACUUCUCGCGGAUCGAUUCUGGCAGGCCGGGAUCUCGGAAGGGAGCAAGGACGAGUUUUAUGCAAGAGUUCUCGGGAAGAAGAACACGAUGGAGGGACUUGCAUCUACCAUCCGCGGGGCCGUGCGGUUCGUGCGCGAGACGUGCUAUGCCAUAAUCUACUGCAUGACCCGACUCGACAUGCAGUUCUAUGGCUUCUUAGAGCUACCCGGACCAUUGGCAAACGCGCUGUUUGCUGAUGCGUCUUAUCUGUCAUCCCACCAGGUCAUCAACGUACUCACGUUGGUCAGGUUUCUGGUAGACCAUUGCCCUGUGCAGCUCCGCGAGCAUUUCAUACCGCCUAUACUGGCCACCUGUUUCCAACAGAUGGACGCUAAGAUCAGCUCGGAGUGGGAGAAGCUGGGACGGCGGGAGACGGUGCAGUCAGCGGGAGAAGAAUUGACAGAGGAGAUGAAGGCUGAGAGCAUUUUGAGGCAACUCACCUAUUCAGCCGUUCUCACGGUUGCCGAUGUUCUGGAUCCGGCAAAAAUCACACCUUCGGACAAGGCUCAGGCGGCCGGGUCCGACACCAAAUACCCUCUCCUCCGCAAAUUUUGCCUCAUGAAUACGUCUAUUGUUGCCCCGCUGCUCGUCUUCUGUAGUCACGCCAUCAGUAUGCGCGACGGUAGAUGCUGCGGCGUGGUGCUGCGGGUGUUUCGAUCCAUUAUCCCCGAGUUCUCGGAAACCACGAUACCCAGGGACCCCGACCAUACGGCUCCCCUUGAUGACUUUCCGAUACCCGAAGAAACCGCCAGCCAGAUCCGAGAGUUCAUAUCAACAGAGGUGCUGAAGGCAGCCAUCUCAUCACUUCACGACCCUUAUUUCGUCGAUUUGCAAAAGGAGCUGUGCUCCCUGAUUGCUCACAUCCUCGUACACUACUCCCUUUUAACACCCACGCCGAGGAACAUCCUCGCCUCGCUCCCCAACAUCAAAGAAUCCGAUAUCGAUCGCACCAUCGACUACAUCUCGCGGCCUGGGUUACAUGGGCGUCAGCAACGCGCCAUCGUGCUAGACCUGCUCGAGGACCUGAAAGGUGUCAGUAUCUCGGAGAUGGGCAAGCUCAGCAAGAGCCUCGGUGGCAUCCCCGGGUCGUCAUCUCGCGGCAAGAAACCCAUCCGCAGCAAAAUGCAGCAAGAGUUCAUGACGCCCAAUGGCGGCGCUGGUGUGGUCGGAGCCACGGGCGGCGGCGGGAACUACCCAGGUCAUGACCGCAACCAGAGCCCAGAUCUGGAGGGCGUGGCUGGCAUGUUUAAUGAAGCCGGCUAA